CGGUAUCUAAAAUACUGCACAGCAGCAGUCUCCAUCUGUAGAGCUGUGAGAUCAAUCUGUGACAUCCACCGUCCGAGCUAUGCUCCCGCUACUACUACUACAGCAUGCGCAUGCGCACUGACAGCACCCAGCCGGUCGGGUGGAAGAAGUCGUAUGCCGACGGAUGUAAUCUUGGCAGAGAAUUCCCUCUUCUCCCUGGGCAUACAUGGUGAAACUCCCAUGGGAUCAGAGCGUAUGGAGAUGCGAAAGCGUCAGAUGUCGGUGCAGCAGGAGUCGAUGGCGGGUGGCACGGCACCGACCCAGCAGGACCCUAACCAGAGCCAGAACCAGGGGAACCAGAACCAGGGGAAUCAGAGCCAGGUGAACCAGAGAGGGAACAACGCCUGUUGCUUCUGCUGGUGCUGCUGCUGUAGCUGUUCCUGGAACGAGGAGCGUGAGGAGAGGAACCGCCGGGCGUCCUACGACCUCAAGGCUGAGGGAAUGGGCGACUGCGAGGACAGCCCCCCUCCCACUCUGGAGGAGGUCCGUUCCUGGGCCCAGUCGUUUGACCGACUGAUGUCGUGCGCUGCUGGCCGAGUGGCGUUUAGGUUGUUCCUGUGUACAGAGUUCAGUGAGGAGAACAUGUUGUUCUGGCUGGCUUGUGAGGAGUUCACCAAGGAAACCAACAAGACCUCCAUUGAGGAGAAGGCACGGAUCAUCUACGAGGACUACAUCUCCAUCCUCUCACCCAAAGAGGUGAGUCUGGACUCCCGUGUUCGGGAGGUGAUCAACAAGAACAUGUUGGAGCCGUCGUCCCAGACCUUCGUUGAUGCUCAGGUGCAGAUCUACACGCUGAUGCAAAGAGACUCCUACCCCCGAUACAUGAACUCCCCCGCCUACAAGAACCUGCUCAACUCCCUCUCAGAGCAGGCCCCUGAGUUCUAACUCAGCACUCUCAGAGCAGGCCCCUGAGUCCUAACUCAGCACUCUCAGAGCAGGCCCCUGAGUCCUAACUCAGCACUCUCAGAGCAGGCCCCUGAGUCCUAACUCAGCACUCUCAGAGCAGGCCCCUGAGUCCUAACUCAGCACUCUCAGAGCUGGCCCCUGAGUCCUAACUCAGCACUCUCAGAGCAGGCCCCUGAGUCCUAACUCAGCACUCUCAGAGCAGGCCCCUGAGUCCUAACUCAGCACUCUCAGAGCAGGCCCCCGAGACCUAACUCAGCACUCUCAGAGUAGGUCUCCGAGUCCUAAGUCAACACUCUUUGUUCUAGAGUCUUAGGUGACAACAAACCUGGGAUCGUCUCUCUUUUCUCAUUUCCAUUUGGUUUGAAUGUUAGUGAAGAGAAGGGGUGGCCAACCUUCCACCUUCCUUCCUCAGCUAUUACGUGUGCUAUAACUGUCUGCACACCCAGUAGCUCUCUAGGAGUGUCAAGGAUGUGAAGCGGGCCUCUGACCUGACCUAGCCCUGUCCCCAUGACCUGGCUCCGCGCUACAGAGACGUCACCUGACUAAAGACACUCAGGGUUCUACUGUCCGAGAAGUCUACUCACCUAGUGCUCUACUAUUCUGAAGGCUCUAUUCUACUGGGCUCAGCUCCUCUGAGGGUGAGGGCUCUACUCUCCCGAGGGCUCUACUCCCCAAGGGCUCUAUUCCACCUAGGUCUCUACUGUCCUGAGGGUUCUACUCCACCUAGGGCUCUACUGUCCUAAGGGUUCUACUCCACCUAGGGCUCUACUGUCCUAAGGGUUCUACUCCACCUAGGGCUCUACUGUCCUAAUGGUUCUACUCCACCUAGGGCUCUACUGUCCUGAGUGUUCUACUCUUCUGAAGGCUGUACUCCCCUGAGGGUGAGGGUUCUACUCCACCUAGGGCUCUACUGUCCCAGCACUCUAUUCCACAGCGGCUCUACUCCCUUAAGGCUCCAUUCCCCCCAGGGCUCUACUCCCUUAAGGCUCCAUUCCCCCCACGGCUCUACUCCCUUAAGGCUCCAUUCCCCCCACGGCUCUACUCCCUUAAGGCUCCAUUCCCCCCAGGGCUCUACUCCCUUAAGGCUCCAUUCCCCCCAGGGCUCUACUCCCUUAAGGCUCCAUUCCCCCCAGGGCUCUACUCCCUUAAGGCUCCAUCCCCCCCACGGCUCUACUCCCUUAAGGCUCCAUUCCCCCCAAGGCUCUACUCCCUUAAGGCUCCAUUCCCCCCAGGGCUCUACUCCCUUAAGGCUCCAUUCCCCCCACGGCUCUACUCCCUUAAGGCUCCAUUCCCCCCAGGGCUCUACUCCCUUAAGGCUCCAUUCCCCCCAGGGCUCUACUCCCUUAAGGCUCCAUUCCCCCCACGGCUCUACUCCCUUAAGGCUCCAUUCCCCCCAGGGCUCUACUCCCUUAAGGCUCCAUUCCCCCCAGGGCUCUACUCCCUUAAGGCUCCAUUCCCCCCAGGGCUCUACUCCACACAACCAUUACUGCUCCAGAUCAACACACUCCAAAGGAAUAUAUAUAUAGUCAUCUACAUUUUAUUUGUGUACAAGUUAUUUUAUUGUGUGUUAUGAUUGUUUAUUAUUUGUAUAAUUGUUUGGACGGACAAAUGAUGCCUACUUGUGGGCAAUAUUAUAUAUAUUUAUGCGUUUGUAAAUAGACAAAAGGGAAUUGUGGGUAAACUGCAUAUGAGAAUCAAGUGGGUGUCCCAAUUGACACCCUAUUCACUAUAUAGUGCACUACCUAAUGGGCCCUGGUCUAAAAUAGUGAACUAUAUAGUGCACUACCUAAUGGGCCCUGGUCUAAAAUAGUGAACUAUAUAGUGCACUACCUAAUGGGUCCUGGUCUAAAGUAGUGAACUAUAUAGGCAACUAUAUAGACUUUGCCCAAGUCAAAUCUACGUUAUACAUUUAUUUCCUCAAAAAUGGCUCCCUAUCCCCUACAUAGAGCACUACUACAUUAUAAUCUAUGGGAAUAAUCAAAUCCAAUUCUAUUCGUCACAUGCUUCGUAAACAGGUGUAGACUAACAGUGAAAUGCUUCCCCACAAUGCAGAGAGAGAAAAUAGAAAAAUAAUAGAAAAGUAAU